AUGGCCCUUCCUCAGACGCUCAGCUCGCCGUCCCCCGUCAACCCAUCUCCCUCUCUAACGCCCUCCUCUCCUCGCUCGUCGUCGAGAACCUGCCCCGCGGCGCCCGCACCGGCACCGUCAAGAAGUUCUGGGAGAAGUCCGAGAUCGACAAGAAGUGGAAGGAGACCAACUGGUUCAAGCGCAGCACCCAGAUUGAGCGGAGAAAGAACCUUACCGACUUCGACCGCUUCAAGGUCCUGCGCCUCAAGAAGCAGCGCCGCUUCGAGCAGCGCAAGGAGCUCGCCAAGAUCAAGGCCGCCGCGUAAAUUCGGAAUUCACAAACGCCUUGCGAUUGGGGAAAUCGGUCGGAAAGGAAGGGUUGACUUUGAAGAUUACGGGGCUGGUUUAGAGCGUGACAGCAUGGGAAAUCCGGUUUGGUCUGCAUCUCAUAGCAGCAUUGGGUUGCUGCACUUCUCUUUUGCUCCGUAA